CACCUUGCCAUGGAAACGUUGCUGAGUCUGACCUCAAAGCGAGCGGGAGAGUGGUUCAAAGAAGAGCUGCGGGAGUUGGGUGGAGUCGAGCACUUGAUUCGCACCAUCACCCACUGCACACAGAUGUUCACCCCUGAUCUUGAGACUUGGACGCACCCACUUCUUGAAAAGUUGUCGAAGGUUGACCGCUGCCUCAAAGUCAUAGAAAAUGUGACGCACCAAAACACAGCCAAUCAAGAGUACCUCCUGACGUACCAAGACGGCAUAUUCCCAGAGAAACUCAUGUACCUGUAUCGGCUGUGUCAUGUAGAGGUGCCCCUGUACCCAGUCAGUGAUACAGAGAACCAGAAGACCAUGGUAGGUGGGAUGUCCACCGGCCAAUUGCUGGUCCAGACCCUACUCACUACCAUCAAAGUCCUAAUAAACCUCACACACAAUAGUGGAAAGGAAGCCAUGGGUAGCCGUCUUCUGGGCAAUGAGCAAGAGGUGUAUGAUAUUACACUCUAUUGCCUCCUGAUCAUGCCACGAUACUUAGCACAUGACACCAGAUUCGAGAUCUUGAUCCUGGCCUGCUGUCUUCUGUUGAACCUGGUUGAGCAUAGUAAAUCAAACCGCAACCUGCUGAUGAGAAGCAAGGCACCAGAAUUCCUGGAUGAUGAUGACAAUGAUUGCUUUGGUGGCAAAGGAGAAAGGAAAGGGGCCAUGCAAGCUCUCGUAGAACUGUUCUACCGCUGUGAGGAAAGUGCCCGGCAGCAGGAGGCCCACACAGAUGACCUCAUUGACAAUGACUUGUCAGAGAAGGCACAGAAAGAGGAUGACAGAAAAGAUGAUGAAUUGGAAGAGACCGUAGCCAAGUUACUACAAAAGGCAGGCCAUCACAUGGAAGACACGCUGGUAGCUGCAUACACAGCCCUGCUUACAGGCUACUGCAUCAUGGAGGAUGAGGAGUGUGAGGCUGAGAUCCGUGGCAUGUUACCUCAAGCCAACUUUAACCUGAUGGUUGUGGUACUGAAGAAAUUCCUCCACUUCAUGGACCUCACUGCCACGACAAGCCUCUUGAGAAGCCUGAAGCCCACCCAGCGCGUGGUCAAGUACAUGGAGAAGCUGGACCGCACAGAGCAGGACGAGGCAGAGGAGGAGAGAAAAAAGCAGGAACAGAAGGAAUUGGAGUUUGAUGCUUUUGGUUUUUAAGUUACACAAUAACUUCAGUACGAAUUUCCGUCUCUGUAUAUAGGAAAUUUAUCUUUAUACAGCGACGAUCACAGCACAACUGUGGUAGAAAACAAAAGAAAACAAAACCAUCAAAAUUCCUUAUAUUUUGAAGAGUACGAACAAUGACACAAUAUUCAGGAAAACUUAUAGAAAAUGAGCCUCACAUGAGGGAGAAGACACUGGUCAUCCAGCUGGAAUUACCCUCUGCUCUUUGGGUCACAGCUGGUGGCAGGACAGUCACUCCCUCUUCCUCUUCC